AUGACUAAUCAAGUUAAGGAAAACUUUGGCUCCAGUGCCAGUCAUUCAGAAAAAUCUGUAUCACUAAAAGAAAAUAUGAAAAUGAUGAUGGACUCAAGUGAAAGCGAGGAAAAAUUAGAAAAUGAAAUUCCAAAUCCUGUAGAAGUUUUAAUUAAAAAAAUAUUAUUGAAUAUGUAUUGGAUAAACGUAUUGAAAAUGAAGAAGACCCACUUCUUUGGUGGAAAUUCCAACGACGACAUCAUCCAACUGAUUCGAGACGGUUUGCACGAACACAUCGGAGCCGAAAAGUUACGAGGCCUUCUGAAAAUCCUUCCCGAAGUCGACGAACUCGAUAUGCUAAAAUCCUUCGACGGCGACAGGACGAAACUGGGAAACGCCGAAAAGUUCCUUAUGCAACUCAUACAACUGCCAAAUUACAAAUUACGGAUAGAAAGCAUGCUACUAAAAGAAGAAUUCGCUACAAAUUUAGGAUACUUAGAACCCAGCAUCAACGCCAUGAUUUACGCAGGAGACGAUCUGAUGACCAACAAAUCCCUGCAAGAAGUUUUAUACAUGGUCCUCGUUGCCGGAAAUUUCCUAAACUCCGGAGGAUACGCCGGAAACGCAGCAGGAGUCAAAUUAUCAUCCUUGCAAAAAUUGACUGAUAUUAGGGCUAAUAAACCAGGAAUGAAUUUGAUACACUACGUCGCCUUGCAGGCUCAGAGAAAAAACAAGGAACUUCUUAGGUUUCCUGAUCAGAUGACGGUGUUGGAGAGCGCUUCCAAGACAACUGUAGAACAAUUACACAACGAAAUAAACGCUUUAGAUGCACGAAUUAAAAAAAUUAAAAUACAAAUCGAUUUACCGACGACCGAGAUGGAAAUCAAGCAGCAAAUGGAGGAAUUUUUACAAAUAGCAACCCGAGAACUCGAGUCCCUCCACCGUUCAAUGUCGGAACUAGAAUCCGUCCGCCGAUCUCUGAGCGAGUUCUUCUGCGAGGAUUCGGCUUCGUUCAAACUCGAGGACUGCCUUCGCGUCUUUCACGGCUUUUGCACUCGGUUCAGACAGGCGGUGGCGGAGAACGAGAGGCGCCGAGUAUUGGAGGAGCGCGCUGCCGAGAGACGGAGACAGAGAGAGGAGCAGUUGGCUGGGAAGAGGAGACAGUUUGGCCAAUUAGGAACACCCACCUCAGAUUCAGACAACAAUUUAGUGGACGCCCUUUUCUACGAAUCCAGGACCGGAUAUCCGCAAAUGAAGUCCCGUCGUGCAACAAACGGUUCCGAAGAAGAAAUCUCCUUAACAGGCAGUCCGGCCCUGACGAGACGACGUUUCGGCUCCUUCAAUAGCGGCGGACCCAUCAUUGCGGGCGAUAUAAACCGAGACGACAGUUGUGCAUCGCCAGACGUUACACCAAAUGGCAGCCUGAGACGCCGGAGAAGUCGCGUUUUGUCAGAGGAGGACGAAGGGAAUUUGAUGGAAUUUUUAAGGGCCUCCGGACAUGACAGUACGAGGGAAAGAAAGUCUUGGGGAAGCUUAGAUCGUUCGUGGGCUCGCCACGCGCGCACGGGCAGCGCUUCGCGCAAGCGUCCCGAUUUGCUGAGCACUGAUUGGGCCGGCGGACGCGAACGAGCGAAUUCUCCAUCGCCAUUGGCCGAACAGACGACGAACGACCAAUCACAAGCACCAGGCCAGGGCCAGGGCCAAGACCAGGACCAAUCACAGCAGGCUAUGGUUAAUAAUAAGCCGAGAUACGUUGCAAAGGAAUGGAGGCAAAAAAUCGAAUCCUGGCUUCAGGCUAACGAAAAGGAAGACCUGCAGAAUCAGGAUUUGACCAGGAGGUCGUCCAGAAGGAUUCCGAGUAACAGAAGGUCGCUCGAAGAUUCAGAAAGCGAGCGCAGUUCGACCCUGGACCCCUUACCGGAGGGCAAACUGGCCCAACAGCACAACGGGGCCCCUUACAAAAGGGUCUACACGGACUGGAAGACCUCCGCCUUGGACAAAACCGAUGUUGUUAGGACUAUGGAGGCUAUUGAAGUCAGCCAGAUAUCAAGCAUCAAAGACAAAUCAGCCUGGCGCAAAUCCACUCUAAACGUGCCGAAUUCAACCGAAGACACCGAAGCCGAACUUCGACGAAACGCCCGACGCCACCAACCGCAACCGCACCGAACCCUAAAAUCACCCACUUCACCCACCGGUUCGGUUCUCAACUCAAUCCACGAAGAGGACGACAGGCACCGUAAAAACAUAAUAGCGUCUUUAGGCGACAGGCCGGCGACUGACAGACUCACCCUGUACAUGAGACUGUCGCCUAAGGCCGAAAAGAAACUGCUAGCCCAACCUAAACAAACAGAUAUAGAUUCUGAUAACAUAGAAACACCGCCUGCUACUAGGAGAUUGUUUAGUCCGACGAGAGAUGGCGGGAGUAUUAUUAAGGAUGUAGGUGGUGAAGUGGGUAAGGAGUUGGGUUAUACGUUGAAGGAUGGGUUUGUGCCAAAGGAUAGUCUGGGGGCUAAUAAAGAGGCUGAAAAUAAAUUGGCCGAGGUUUUGGGCGAUGGCCAGUUUGAUAGGUUUUCUUCGGCCAGGAGGACUCGGAGGUAUAAGAGGAGUACGGAUUAUGCAAGCGGUACCGACCAAGACACAUCUCCAAAAUCACCAUCCGACCUCCAACCGCAGCGCCCCUCCCAACUGGCGGUGCAGGAGCAAACCACAACCGAACCACCACCAGUCGACCAAAACUGUGAUAAAGAAACCAGGCUGAAAAUGUGGCAAGAACGUUUGAAAAACCAGGAAAGAACUCAAGGGGACGAUGAAGUCGAUAAUAAAAAUGAAAAAUGGCCCAAAGGUAAUAAAGUUACACAGUUGGUGGUGCGUUUGCCUCCAAAACUCCGAGAACACGAUUUAAACGACGAAGGGUUUGAAGAGACGCAAAGUUUGGUAUCGGAGAGCCCUAGUCAAGGGACUUCUUCGGGUUGUAAUUAUGAAACUGAUGGGAUAGUUGAUACAAAAUGUGCCAUCGGGGUUGUUUCGGAUAAAUUAAAAACGCUGAUUGAUAGGAACAAUAAAAGUUUGGCGAGGAGCAAAAGUAUGCGCACGUCCUUGAAUCCGGUGCUGAAACGUGCAGAAGACCCUACAAGAAAAACUAUCAUCCCUCGUAGGUCCACAAGUUUGCGUAAAACCGAAAGCCAAAAUAGUGUAGAACGUUCUAAUUCCCGGACAAGCCUGAGAAGUUCUAGAAGUUCCCUAAACAGCACCGCUUCAGUAAACACUGUCAAAAAAGUGCCUUUAGAUAAAACUUCAACCCCAAACCCUAACACCUCAACCCCUAUUUUACGUAUGAUAAACCGCCCUGCACCUCCAACAAACCCUAACAAACGCCCUUUACCAUCUUCUUCCUCUAAACCAAGAAUUCCGGCCAGUAGGAGCAGUUCCAGCGGUUCUAGUGUAGGGCCAACCCUUGUCAGAAAACCACCAGUAAGAAUUACUGGCCAAAGUUUUAAAGAGAAUUUAGGUAAACCUGCAAAUGUUCCGGCUAGCAGAAGUUCCAGCAGCGGUUCUAGUAUUGUUAGAAGUUCCAGCAAUCAGAGGCCCAAAAAUGGGUUUAUGAGACCCACUACGUCGAGUGCAACCAAAUCGAAUAGUAAGACGCCGGCUAAGAUUUAUAUAGGGAAAUAG